CCCCCCCCCGCUCUCCCUCCAAGACGAACAAGAUACCCAGAUAUUGCAGGCAGAAGACCCAAGAACAAGCUACAAGACACCGGAUACAAGACACAGUGACAGACAGAAUGGCUCCAAUGGCGACUCAGGAGGUUCCGGGCAGCAAGGACGUCUCGAGGUACCACGCCUCGUCGACCAAGUCCGCCAUCGCGGAGGAGGCCCAGUACGCCGCCCACAACUACCACCCGCUGCCGGUCGUCUUUGCGCGCGCAUCAGGCACCUCCGUCUGGGACCCCGAGGGGAAGCACUAUCUCGACUUCCUGUCCGCCUACUCCGCCGUCAACCAGGGCCACUGCCACCCGGAGCUCGUCAAGACCCUGACCGAGCAGGCCGCAACCCUCACUCUCAGCUCCAGGGCCUUCUACAACGAUGUCUUCCCCAAGUUCGCCAAGUUCGUCACCGAGUAUUUCGGCUACGACAUGGUCUUGCCCAUGAACACCGGUGCUGAGGCCGUCGAGACCGGUAUCAAGAUUGCCCGCAAGUGGGGGUACAAGGUCAAGGGCAUCCCGCCAAACGAGGCCAUUGUCCUCAGCGUCGAGAACAACUUCCACGGACGUACCUUCGCUGCCAUCUCCAUGUCUACUGACCCCGAGUCGAGGGAGAACUACGGCCCUUACCUGCCAAACAUCGGUAGUGUCAUUCCCGGCACCAACAAGCCCAUCGUAUACAACGACAAGGAGUCUCUCCGCCAGGCCUUCGAGGCUGCCGGCCCCAAGAUUGCUGCGUUCCUCCUCGAGCCCAUCCAAGGUGAGGCUGGCAUCAUGGUCCCUGACGAGGACUACCUCCGCGAGGCCAAGGCUCUCUGCGAGAAGCACAAUGCUCUCUUGAUCUGUGAUGAGGUUCAGACCGGCAUUGCUCGUACCGGAAAGCUUCUCUGCCAGGAGUGGAGCGGCGUCAAAGCCGAUCUCGUCCUCCUUGGCAAGGCCAUCUCCGGCGGCAUGUACCCCGUCUCCUGCGUUCUCGGACGCAAGGACGUCAUGCUUACUGUCGAGCCCGGCACACACGGCUCCACCUACGGUGGUAACCCACUCGGCUGUGCCAUUGCCAUCCGCGCUCUGGAGAUCAUCCGUGAGGAGAACAUGGUUGAGCGUGCCGAGACUCUAGGACAGCAGUUCCGUGCUGGUCUGAACGCUAUCAAAGACCCUAUGAUCCAGACUGUUCGUGGCAGAGGUCUGUUGAACGCCCUCGUCGUCGACGAGUCCAAGACCAACGGACACACCGCUUGGGACCUAUGCAUGCUGAUGAAGUCCAAGGGCCUUCUUGUAAGCCAUCAUCUUACCUUCCUGGUAGUACUAUGUAAACAUAUCUUUUAACUAAUAUCUCCUAGGCCAAACCAACCCACCAGAACAUCAUCCGAUUCGCUCCUCCACUUGUCAUCACCGAGGCGCAGAUCAAGGAAUCACUCAAGAUCAUCGAGGAGGCCAUCAAGGAGCUCCCAAACUCCCCAAAAUAAACGCCUAACUUCGCCGCUCCUCUCACAAGAACCUUCUCCACCUUUUACGACCCCGUCUUACUACAGCCGCAUUGCAUACUUCUUCUCUUUUACUCUUUCGGAUGAAGCUUAAUGAUUCUCCAAAACGAUUUUUCUUUUCCAACUCAAAUCAUAUCUUCUGAAAAGCAACAGCGCAUCAUGUCUUCAUGGUUUAUUUAAACGGCUAAAGGGAAUAGUCACUCGGGACUAUAGGAAAAAAGGGGGAAAGGGAACACCAAAAAAAAGGAGGAGGAAGAAGGGGCCUAACUAUGGCCGGGGCAGGAUUCUUGUCGUCUUUUGCUUUACACAUAUACCCCUUUUUUACCCUCGCGAGCGGAAAGUUAGAAUACUAUCUGAGAGGAGUUGUGUAGGAUCAUACAUAUCACUUCAUGGCGAAGGGAGUCUGUUUCCGGUGUAUUCUAUAUGCCGCGGGGCACAGUGUAGUGAAUAUCUUUUUUUCCUAAACUAGGAAUAGACUGUAUGCUCAAGGCCCUGACCUUCACUACGUCUCUUACUCGAUCCAUUCGUUCUCCGUCAAGUAGUUCAUUAGCACCAUUGGUGUCAGGGCUCCGAAAGCAUCACAAACACAAGCCCGAUUUCAAAAUACACUGCAUAGCAGACAUGGAAUUAUACGCGGCAAGCUCGCCAGACCGUUGAAUCAUGCAGGCAUCCUAGCCGUCAGCCUUCGGACGCAAGGUUGAAGUAACUAGACCAAGCAACCAAGUCGGGCCUCCAUGCUUCGUCUCAUGCAUGAACACAUCACAUCACCCCGUCCUUCCAUCCGAUAACUACCCAGGCCAGCAUCUCCCGACUCCUGCCCUAAGAACCACCCGCCUUCAACUAUCACCAACAUAUAAUAGAUCCCCAGGUCGCGGACAUCGGAGCAAUAAGUCGCUAGCUAUAGGAGAACAAGCCAUCCGCCAGG